CGCGAUCUUUAGCGAAAGUAAAAUUCGUGAGCAUGGGUGGCCCCCGUGUGAAAGUCAGCCUCCACCGUGUGGUGAGGACGAACGAAACGAAAGUCACCAAGCGGCCUCGGGCCCUCGGCCCCUCGACGACGACGACGACGAUCAUGAUGAUGACGAUGAUGUCAACAUUCCUGCGCUCUCUCUCUCACCUUACCGACAGUUUUAAUGUUUGUAAAUAGAUACAGUAGCUGUGGACGAAGAGGCGACCGGGCGUCCAGGUAGCAGCAGCAGGAGGCGGCCCAGGAAGCUUCACCAUCACCUUCACCUCUCACCGGCUGCGACCAGGUCUCCGAUCCGCCUCACCCGUCCGUACGACUUUUUCCUCCAAAGCGGGCCGAUUUUUCCUCACCCGUCCCCUUCACCCCGACGAUAUUUCCCAGCCCGCGGUGUAACACCGCUCCGUAACGGCUAGAAAGCGUCCGCCCGUACGAGCCUACUACUACGGGGAAUUUAAGUGCGCAACUCUCCGAAACCCAAAAGGCGAGGAAGAGGAAUCUUUAAAGGUUUUAUUCGAACGCGGUCGCGGGUGAGAUGGGAAUAGGGCGAUCGAUGCCGCCCGCGCGAAAGAGCCCGGUGAGCUUCCUGCCGGAUAUCGCUUGCGUUGGGGUUCUGCGACGCGGACGAGGAUGAGGAUGAGGAUACGGCAGCUUUUUUGCGGCAGUUGGGCCCGAUCUUGGCCAGAUUUCAUCGACGCACGUGUCGGGGAGGAGGCUCGAGCGCCAGGAGGUCGAUGAUGGCGAUUUUACAGCGAGGAGGCAGAGGUUUCCUCGUCUAUAUCCUCGGGAGCGCUCGGGGCCGUAUCGAGUGUGGAUAAUGGCUGCAAUUACGGGAGCGGUUCGGGGCAUUUAUCUUCGCCGACCGACCUUGAAGGACUCUGAGACGAUUUCGUUAGGGACAAGAAGAUGGACGUCACAACAACCCACUUACAAUGGGACGAACUGCUUUUUUCUCUCGCGCAGGGCGACGGGAAAGGCAUGGGGAAAUGGCCUCCUGGGGUCCUCAACAUCCGUCACUCGUUAUACAUGAGGCAGCGAUGGUAGCUUUUGGCGGCGAGUUCAAUGGUUCUUCCUUUUGGGCUUGUGGUGCUCCUUCUGCAGGACACUCUCAUUCCAGAAUCGAGCCGGUGGAGGAAGCGCCAAUGGGCGUUUCCUCUGCACGAGAACAAACUUGCAAUGAAGUCGAAGAUUGUCAGGCUCUCGAGCAGAUGCCAAAUUGACAGUGCACGUUGAUUCCGGUACCGGAUACACGAACUCGUGAUUGGUGCGGUGCAGUGGUCUUGUUUACUCGAAAACUCGUCCGGGCCGCUGCUGCUGCCCUUCUGACAGAAAAUAUCCGUCCAGCGAGUAUCACGCUUCUGCAGUACAGUGAUCAAAUCUCAUCAAAUUAUUGAGUUAACAGAUCUUCUCGGCACUUGCACGGAGAGGGAUAACCAUUCACCGCCGGAGCACAGUUCUGAGGGACUUUCGGCGCAUAAUCCAGGUCACUGGGUCACUCAAUCGUUCAUGCAGAGUCAAUAUUGCAACUGUGUAACUACUCGGUAAGGUGUUCAAAAGAAUGUUCGAUGAAUUUCCGGGAGUGAAAAAGAUUUGUUGAUAUAUAAGGGGACAGUUAGGAUUACGGCCAGUGUCUUUCGACAUUUCGACCUUCAUAUACACAGAAUUUCUUUAAACAGCGCACAAGUGCUGGUCGCUUGGAUGAGAAAUUUAGUUCUAAAAACGGCAUGUGCCCACCGUAAAGCGAGUAUAUCCUAAAACAAGCAAGUGAACAAUCAAAAACAAGGAUCGAUGGGUCAAUUGAUCAUUUGACUUGUAUGGUGGAACUUCUUUAGAAGAACAAAUUUAGAUAUGCCAGUUAACCGAGGGAAUGGGAACACAGAUUUCGGAACAAAACACUCCGACCACUUAGGCGAGAGUCACGAUUUCUUGUCCCGCACGUAAGGAGGCGUACCACUGGACAUGGGCCAGAGAGGAAAAGGCAUCAGUUUCUAGUCCGGGGAUUAGUGCAAUGAUCACGACUGGCUUGGCCCUGAGUUUUAAAGUAACCGCUGUGGCACAAGCAUGAUCGAAAACCGUCAUCAUUCGCUUCCAUCUACUCCACUCGUUGCAGGUUAAUCGACAAUUUAGAUGCCCGGCGCUACAUACUCACUUGCACUCCAAUAAUGUGAUAGGCAGCAGCUAGUAGCAUAAGAAGAUGCCUGCGAGCAUAUAUUAAAAUAAUUUAAAUAUUCCUACAGUAAGCAGAUGUCAGCUCCAGUCCCGGUGCAAUGAACUUGCAACUUUUGGUGCAUAGACAGAGGCAUUGACAUGUGUGCAAAGUUCGUUGUGUAAAAAUCUUCGCUUAUAGAGCUUCCC